UUGUUCCUUUCACGCCGUCGGGAGUGCUUGAGUGAUUUUCGCUAAGUUUUUAUUCAAAUUUCUGGUGUUUUUACUUUACUCGCUGGACUGCCAACGUGUCCCCGUGUACCUUUUUAAACCGUAAAGGUUCCAAUGUGUACCGUGUACUUUGUAUUAAUCGUGAUUGAGCGUGAUUGAUCCAACCAACUUGAGCGAGCCUGUGCUUCGUGAGAUUUUCAUCCCUUUUCGCGGCACGCUGUUGCAUUUCAUCGCACCUUGAAAAUUACGACCAAUCCGGCCAGUUAUCCCGAUUCCGGCCAGUCGAGGCCAGCGUUCCGUUGCGGCAAAUUGGUCAGGUUCCGGCCAAUGUGUACCGUGUACUUUGUACCGUGAUUGAUCCAGCCAACUUGAGCGAGCCUGUGCUUCGUGAGAUUUUCAUCCCUUUUCGCGGCACGCUGUUGCAUUUCAUCGCACCUUGAAAAUUACGACCAAUCCGGCCAGUUAUCCCGAUUCCGGCCAGUCGAGGCCAGCGUUCCGUUGCGGCAAAUUGGUCAGGUUCCGGCCAAUGUGUACCGUGUACUUUGUACCGUGAUUGAUCCAGCCAACUUGAGCGAGCCUGUGCUCCGUCAAAUUCUCAUCCCUUUUCGCGGCUCGCUGCCGCAGUUCAUUGCAUCUAGAAAAUUACGACCAAUCCAGCCAGGUACCCCGAUUCCGGCCAGUCGAGGCCAGUUUUCCGUUGCGGCAAAUUGUUCAGCUCAGUACGUUCAUUGGACCUAGCAUCUUACGGCCAGGGAAGCUUAGAAGAUUCCAGCCAGCGUCACCGGACUGUGAAUUCCGGUCGUAUUUUUUAUAAAGUUCGGAUUUUGGACCACUGUUGCCGAUCGCCCGAGUAAAUUCCGACCUUUUCCCACUGUACCGCCAGAUAAAUUGUUGCUGUUGGCGUCAUAUUAUUCUGUCCAUCGUUGCUUGUCCUUCCCUAGUAAGCGUAUCACUUUCACCUCUCCAAGAAUGGAACGGCUCCAAAAAAAACUUGAUGCCGGAAGCUUUAAAAAAUUAACGGAAUACAUCCGAGGAGCAUUGCGCCUUAUGAAAAAGCUGUCCAAUCGAGGCAUCAAAAGGCAAUGUAAUAUGCAGAACCUAAGUACGGAUGAAAUGUUCGCUUUGCCCUUAGUGAGAUGGGCCAGUUUCCUUCGCAACGAAGAAGUCGGAUACAACGAGCUUUUGGCGGUUAAGCAAGCAGCAAUGACAUCUCCCAUCGAACCGCACAUCAUCUGUGUAGGAGACCGUUACAAACGCGGUAAUUUCUACAUCAUUUUUAAUAAGCAUGUGGCGCCAUGCGGUACGUCGAGCCUGCGGGCUAUUGAAACUCUCUUCAAAUCGUUCCACGUGUUCGCCUUGGAAGUUCCAGUAUUGCUGAGAAAGCUAAAUGACUUGGUGGCCAUAAAUGUAUUCAACAUUAUGCAAAGCAGUACGAAGGCAUCAGUUAAUCUGUUGUCGGCGAAAUACCGAGAAUUCUCCAUAAACCUUGCGGAGGAAUAAGAUAAAGUUUUGAGGCUCCACAGACCUAAGCGAUUUCAUCGUCGCGACGGCGACAACUAGUCGCCGCGAUUCUACCGUUGGGUCGCUGCAGGCUAUUUUCCAUUUGCGCUUCCAUAUCGACGGCGACAGGAUCGCUGUCUCCAUGCAUUAGAAUCGCGGCGCGAUUGUCGCAUCGCAUGUGUUUGGGGGAACCUUUAUUUUUAUAUAUACAUCUUUAUGUACCUUAAUAUACCUUGAAAUUGUACCAGGAAUUUGUUUUAAUAAUACAAUAAAAAGUAA